AAAAAAGAGUUGAAUUAAUUGAAAAUUAGAAAUCAGAAACGACUUAUAUAGAUAAAAAAAAAAAAAAGAAACUAGAAAAGAGUGUUACAUGCUCUCUGGCGCAUGAACGGUGUCUGAAACCACCAAUAAUGUCUUCUACUGAUAAUAGCUCAAGUCGGGUCGGGUUGGUGAUAUCAACUACAGACUCCAUUCGGGUUUUCCUUUCCGGAGCCUCCAACGACGCCACUCUCUCCCCCCAACUCCGACAAACAUCCUCCGAUCUACUCAUACAAUCCGAGCUACCGUACGAGCCACUUCGUGCUGUCUGGAUCGCCUCUCAUCCAUCCACCAGACCCGAUUUGACCCGUCUCUUAUCGGGUACCCGCUUCGUCUUCUCCAGUCCUAAACCCAGAGAAAAGAGUGAAGAAUUGAAGGCUAGGCUGAAAAAGUUGGAAGAUUUAGCAGAGAGAAAAGCAUAUAAGGAGCUUGUGAAGGAUAUUACACCAAAGGAAGAUGUUCAGGAACCAUUCUCUUCAUACAAGGAUCAAUUAGGAUUUGGUAUGCACGUUUUGGUUACAAUGUUUACUGGCUAUCUUGUUGGAUAUGCAGCAUUUAGAGCUUUGUUUGAUCACAGUCCUGCCAUGAAUGCUGCUGGAGGAAUUCUUGGGUUGGUGGGUGCCAUGCUUGUGGAGACUUUCCUUUUCAUUAUUAGAAGUUCCAGUCCAGACGUCAACAAAACAAGAAAGUCCAAUCAAAAACCGAGAUCAUUCCUUUCCACAUCCGAUCUCAAGAAAAACCAGUAGACAUAUGAUCAGGGUGGUUGUUUUUCGGUUUUGCAUAUAGUACCAAUAUAAAAUUAUAUAGUGUAGUCUAUUGUAAUUGUAAACACUUCUCAGUUAUAGAUAACUUACAAGUAGCUGUUGCAUGAUUUAUCGUUGAGGGCCUUCCUUGAAAGGUGUGAUCGUCUCUGAAAAUGGCAUCUAAAGUCAUGACUUGAAAUUUCCUUACUCAUCCUUAUUAGUUCUUUUUUAGAUGGUCAUUAUUGAUUCAUUGAAUCAUCAAGUAUAAAUUCUUUUUGAACUGACCUAGGUGUAACGCACCCGUUAACUGCACCUUCUAGUUUUGAUAAGCAAUGAAAUAGAUACAUUUGGAUUUGGAUA